GUUAGGUUUCAUAUGUUAUUGUGUUAUCCACGUGCACUGCUUCUUGACAACUAUCAUGUCAGAACCACUACCAUUGCCACAAAAAAAAUAUUACAGACAACGUGCACACUCGAAUCCCAUAGCGGAUCAUUGCUUAGAAUAUCCUAUUAAACCAGAUUUAAUGAAUUGGAGUUCAUUAUAUCCAUUUUAUUUCCCAACUAAUAAAGAAGAAUCCAAAAAACAAAAUAUUUCACAGAAACACGUUGAGUUUGUAGAUAUUGGUUGUGGCUAUGGAGGUUUAUUAGUUACACUAUCUUCAAUGUUUCCUGAUAAGUUAAUUCUUGGAAUGGAAAUUAGAGUAAAAGUUUCUGAUUAUGUUAUGGAUCGUAUAGCUGCAUUAAGAUCACAAAAUCCUGGACAAUAUCAAAAUAUUGCCUGCUUGAGGACUAAUGCAAUGAAGUAUUUACCAAAUUACUUUUACAAAGGCCAGUUGAAGAAGAUGUUCUUCUUGUAUCCAGAUCCGCAUUUUAAGAAGUCUAAACACAAAUGGAGAAUUAUAAAUAAAACACUUCUGGCAGAAUAUGCUUAUGUACUAGCUGAAGGAGUAAUGUAUUCUGUAAAAUAUUAUUUAAAUGCUCUUUUUUUUAUAUCAAUAAGUAACAAUGAAUAUCAUUUAAAGGCUAUUGUAUAUACGGUGACAGAUGUUAAAGACUUACAUGAAUGGAUAGUGGAACAUUUUCACGAACAUCCAUUAUUUGAUGCUGUAUCUAAAGAAGAAUUGGACAAAGAUCCUAUUGUUGAAAAGUUAUAUGAAAGUACAGAAGAAGGUCAAAAAGUAACAAGAAAUAAGGGAUGUAAAUUUUUGGCUGUAUUUAAACGUAUUCCAGACCCAUUUGAGAAAAAAAUUAAU